AUGGAUGCGAAGGUACGUAUUCUCUAUGCUUGCCCGCUGCCACCUGCACACCCUACCCCAAGCAUCGGCCUCAGGCUCCAGAGCACCCUCAACCCGAGCUUCAUGCACGCUGACUCGCCGAAACCUCUCCCCACUCCCGCGCUGCUCCGUCCAAUGGACCUUUGCCUCAGCGAAAAACUAAUCCGGUGUCGCGAGCAGCCUCAGCGCCCGAUGCGCUCCAUGCGCGUCCACAAUGAGAACAGCAUUCCUGCUGCUCCCGCCGGCAAGACUAUUCACCAGCGCAAUAAGUCGACGCCCGCGCUCUCGUCGCUUGCCCAGAAUGCUGGCAUCAAGGCUGCUGCGAAGCGUACUGCCUUUGCCGACGUUAGCAACACGGCGCGCAACACCCAUCUAGCCAAGGACGACUCCGCUGUCGCCGCCAAGGGUGCUCUUGCAGUCAAGAAAGAUGUACUCGCUCCCAUUCAGGAAGUACACAAGCCCGUUUCGCUUCUUCGUCCCGCUCAGCGACCGCUGUCCUCGACCGCCCAGAAGCCCACCGUCACCGACUCGGUCGCGCCCAAGACCAGUGCUGCCGAGGUCGCGGCCCAACCAGUCCACACCAAGGUCAUCUCCAAGCGCACCACGACCGUAUUCAAGGAGGACACCGCCGCUCCCGAUGCCGAGCUAAUCCGUCACCGUGAGAGGAGUAACACCGCGCCUCAACUCUCGCCGCCUUCUGAGAAGCUUUCCAAGGUUGGAAGUGUCGACGAGACGGCCGUCGACGAGAGCGUCUCGCUUUCAAGUGAGGAAUCAACCACCAGUCUCGAAACAGCCAUUGCUGCUGAGGAAUGCCACCGCAUUGCCGGUCUCGAUAAGGAUCUGCCAGAGGAAGACGCCCUUUCUAUUACCGAGGAUGAGUUCGCUGAGCUUGCCGAGAAGGAGAACCAGCAUGCCAAACACGAGGAGAAGGAUGCGAAGGCAGAGACCACUGCGCUUGCUGAGGUAGAGAGGUUUGAAGAGUAUUGGGAUGACGAAGAUGAGGAGUACUACGAAGCCGAUGGCUACACCGGAUACACCACGCGUUCGCUCAGGAAUAGGACUGAAAACACAACCGGUGGCGUCACCGUAGUCCUGGCCCCAAGAGUUACCGCGCGCACUCGGCGCGAACUGGAUGAAGCCGCGGACUUCGUCGAGGCCACUAAGACCCCCGAGGAUGUCGAGGACGAAGCCUGGGACACAUCUAUGGUUGCUGAAUACGGUGACGAGAUCUUCGACUACAUGAGGAGGCUUGAGGACCGCAUGAGGCCUAACCCAUUCUACAUGGACAAUCAAUCCGAAAUUCAGUGGUCUAUGCGCUCAGUCCUCAUGGACUGGCUGGUCCAAGUACACCACAGGUUCACUCUUCUCCCGGAGACUCUCUUCCUUGCCGUCAACUACGUCGAUCGCUUCCUGUCCUGCAAGGUCGUCUCCCUUGGCAAACUUCAGCUCGUUGGCGCCACCGCGAUAUUCGUCGCGGCGAAGUAUGAAGAGAUCAACUGUCCUUCCGUGUCUGAGAUCGUCUACAUGGUUGAUGGUGGAUACACCGUUGACGAAAUCCUCAAGGCUGAGCGUUUCAUGCUCAGCAUGCUCCAAUUCGAACUUGGCUGGCCUGGUCCGAUGAGCUUCUUACGCCGCAUCAGCAAGGCUGAUGACUACGACCUGGAGACUCGCACUCUGGCCAAGUACUUCUUGGAGAUCACCAUCAUGGAUGAGCGCUUCGUUGGAUGCGUUCCCAGCUUCUUGGCCGCCGGUGCUCACUGUCUUGCCCGCUUAAUGCUCAAGAAGGGUGACUGGAGCAAGGCCCACGUCCACUACUCGGGAUACACUUGGUCCCAACUCCGUUCGCUUGUAUCAGUCAUACUCGAAUGCAGCGAGCAUCCUGAUAAGCACCACGCAGCUGUCUACGAAAAGUACGCCGAUAAGCGCUACAAGCGCGCAUCCAUGUUCGUGGAGACCGAGAUUCAGAAGGGCUUCCAGCUGCCUCAGCAAACCAACCAGGAUAGCUAUAGCACUGGAUCUUGGCUUCGUAAGUGA